UUCCCGGACUUCCCGACCUCGGAAGUGCCACUAAUUCGUCGUGCAUCACAAGAUGAGUUCGUUCGGUCUUGCCAGAUGAAAAGAUGACGAUGACGACAGUGCACGACUCUGAGGGGAUAUCAGACCCGGAUGGAAUAAAUAAGUCAUUGUCAGUUGGAUGACAGAUGCUCCCACAAAAAUCGCUUGCAUCGAUAGAUGCUAUACAGCUCAGCCCUAGAUGUGAUAUGGUCGUGGGAUGGUAACGUGAACAACAUACAGAAAUAGAAUUGGGCACCUUCGUAAAGCUCCUGGUGCAAUACAAAAAAAAGUCAGAAGCUUAUAGUCAAGCGGUUCGCCAUCUACUAAGACGUCGGCAUUAGCUGAGUAUUCGAUACAAAAGGACCUGCGCCCCAUGAGAGAAUAGCAAGAAAGCAGCAUCUCACGUGCCUCGGGCUAAAGAAUAUGACGUCCAUACAAUCCAACUCCAAAGGUGUCGCAGUCAUCACUGGAUCCGCGCAAGGAAUUGGACGCAGCAUCGCAAUACGCCUUGCAAGUGAUGGCUAUGACCUCGUCAUCAACGAUUUGGAAAGCAACAGAGAGAACUUGGAGGAAGUCAAAAAGGACAUCGCUGCCGAUUUCCCGGAGCGCAGAGUGUUAACUGUGUUUGGGAAUGUCAGUGUCGAGGAGGAUGUCAAAGGCUUGAUUGAGAGCACAGUCAAAGAGUUUGGCCGCCUGAAUGUUUUUGUGGCAAACGCAGGCAACUUCGUAUCAAAACCAUUGUUAGAAACAACGUCCGAUGACUUCGAUUCUGUGCUCUCUGUCAACCUUAAAGGCACCUUCUAUAGCUAUAAGUAUGCAGCGCAGCAGAUGGUAGUUCAAGGUAAGGGUGGGCGAAUUAUCGGUGCGAGCUCCCUUGCGGGAAAGAAAGGUAAGUCCACAUAUGCGACUGUUUCUUCAUGGCAUGCUUCACUCAGCGCUUAUUGUGCAUCUAAGUUUGCUAUCCGAGGGCUGACGCAGACCGCAGCCAUCGAACUUGGUCGCAACGGAAUUACAGUGAACGCAUAUGCCCCAGGAGCAAUCGACACACCAAUGCGUAAGUUUCGAUCCAGAGAUCUGUGGAUCCAUUCUAAACGGUUGUCAUCAGUAGGUGACCUCGGAACUCCCCAGGAUAUUUCAAGUCUGGUUUCAUUUUUGGUGACCCCGGAAGCCCGUUUCAUCACAGCGAUCGAUGGGGGCACUUUUUUUGAUUGA